UAAACAUCAUAAUGGAAGUGGGCCCCAUGAAUGAAAUCCUUAAACCUUUGUGUUGGCUGAUUGGACAUUGGAAAUCAAUAAAAGCAGUGGGUUUUUACCCGACAAUCAAAUCGUUUAGAUAUGUUGAACAAAUGUCUUUUCUCUCGGUGGGCCAACCAAUCCUAAACUACCAAUCGGUCACGUGGAAUGCAGACGGAAAAGCACCGAUGCACUUGGAAUCAGGGCACAUGCGAUUUGAUGAGGGGACUAACAAAGUAAGUCUGUUGACAGCGCAGAAUUUUGGUGUAGCGACUGUGGAAGAAGGACUUAUUUGCGAUGAACAAUCUCUGUUGCUUGAAAGUGUCAUGAUUGGCAGGAUGUCUUUCGCGAAAAAGCCUUUUGUGACGAAAAUUUCCAGAUGCUACACUUUGGAUGAGAAUGGUAGGCUGAAUUUGGUUAUGAAAAUGGAGACUGAUAAAACUCCAAUGCAGGAACAUUUGAAUGUGAUGUAUACAAAAACUGAGAAAUAAUUGUAAUUUUGUAAUAAUAAUAUUAAUUAAU